GGGCGCGGGCAGCGCCGCCGAGCCGGGGACGGGCACCUCGGCCGCUCGGGCCGCGGCGGCGGGGACCAUGCCGAGGAAAGUCUCCUGAGCCCGGCAACUUCGGCCCCCUCCCCGCCCCCAACCCGGGCUGCCCUCGGCGCGGCCCUGCCCAUGUGCAGCCGGCCGGCAGGGCUCUCCUCCUCGGAUGGGCAGGCGGAUGGGUGACCUCUUCCUGGCACGGGCAGGCUGUGCGCGGCGGCGGAGCCGGCGAUGAAGCAGCAGCAGCAGCAGCAGCAGCAGCAUCCCGGCGGCGGCGCGGAUCCCUGGCCCCAUGGGGCCCCUCUGGGGGGCGCCCCUCCCGGCCUGGGCAGCUGGAAGCGCCGGGUCUCCCUGCUGCCCUUCCUGCGCUUCUCCCUCCGGGACUACGGUUUCUGCAUGGCCACCCUGCUGGUCUUCUGCCUGGGCUCCCUCUUCUAUCAGCUCGGCGGGGGACCCCCGCGCUUCCUGCUCGACCUGCGGCAGUAUUUGGGAAAUUCCACUUACUUGGAUGACCAUGGACCACCUCCUAGUAAGGUGCUGCCUUUCCCGAGCCAGGUGGUGUACAACAGAGUGGGCAAGUGUGGGAGUCGGACCGUCGUCCUGCUUCUGAGAAUCUUGUCAGAGAAGCACGGAUUCAAUUUGGUCACGUCAGACAUUCACAACAAAACCAGGCUUACUAAGAAUGAACAAAUGGAACUGAUUAAAAAUAUAAGUACUGCCGAACAGCCCUAUUUAUUCACCCGACAUGUUCAUUUCCUCAACUUCUCAAGGUUUGGAGGAGACCAGCCUGUCUACAUCAACAUCAUCAGAGAUCCUGUCAACCGGUUUUUAUCUAACUAUUUUUUCCGUCGGUUUGGAGACUGGCGAGGAGAACAGAAUCACAUGAUUCGCACCCCCAGCAUGAGGCAGGAGGAGCGCUACCUGGACAUCAAUGAGUGUAUUCUUGAAAACUACCCUGAGUGUUCCAACCCCAGAUUAUUUUACAUCAUUCCAUAUUUCUGUGGACAGCACCCCAGAUGCAGGGAGCCUGGUGAAUGGGCCCUUGAAAGAGCAAAACUGAACGUGAAUGAAAACUUCCUGCUUGUGGGGAUUCUCGAAGAGUUGGAAGACGUGCUGCUUUUACUGGAAAGAUUUUUACCUCAUUACUUCAAGGGUGUGCUCAGUAUCUACAAAGACCCAGAGCAUAGGAAACUUGGGAACAUGACUGUGACCGUGAAGAAGACCGUCCCCUCUCCCGAGGCCGUGCAGAUUCUCUACCAGCGAAUGAGAUAUGAGUACGAGUUCUACCACUACGUCAAGGAGCAGUUCCACCUGCUGAAGCGCAAGUUCGGACUCAAGUCUCGCGUCAGCCACCCACCGUUGAGACCCCAGUUCUUCAUCCCGACCCCACUGGAAACCGAGGAGCCAAUCGAUGACGAGGAACAGGAUGAUGCGAAGUGGCUCGAAGAUAUUUAUAAGAGGUGAUGCCAGCGCUGUGUUGCCUCCAGUGGCUUAAUCUCCCUUUCCAGAAAGUUUGUGUGUGUGUGUGUGUGUGUGUGUGUGUGUGUGUGUGUGUGUGUGUGUGUGUGUGUGUGUGUUGGGGGAAGAAAAAAAUCCUUAAGGGACGAAAUUAAUGCUUCACAGCAUUAAAAAGAACAAACGUUCCCACAGGUUGGGGUCACUGGGAGAUGCCCGGUUUUGCGGGUUUUAUUUGUUGUAAUUUUAUUCUGUGUUUUUCUGGCUCCUUGGGUCCUUCCCAGGUACAUUAGACAGCUCCAUCACAAGGCAUCUUGUCAUAAAAUAGCUUUUCUUCCCCUAGUAUAAAUGAGAGAAGAGGGAGAAAUAGAGCCUACAGCCCAGUAACUCAUCAUUUGUCACCUGUAAAAGUAUUACCUCGGUGGUUGAAAAUGUCCAGACUUGUAUAUUUCAGCAAAAACACAAAACCACUGCAGAGACCCAGGAAGCCUACUCUAGAAGGCUAUAAGAGGAAACAGUAAGACAGAUAAGGACAUCAGAAAGGGAGGAUGUCCCUGUAUAAGUGAUUUCUGCCCACACGGGAAGAAUUCCGCCCCUGGUCCAUCUCGGGGGACACUUCCACCCAGAGCAACACAUGUAUUAUCUCUGAAAGAGCAAGUCGGCUUCUGCCACACCCUCAAUCAGUCCAGAGCCUUGAGUACCUCUCAAGGUCAAAGUGCGUGGCAGGCUUCAUUGAGACAUUCUGUUCACAAGCUCCAUUCUGCCAGACUUCAAACUAGCAUAGCCGGGAAAAGAAUUUGUUGGCUGUUUAAGGAAGAGCAUAGGCAAGACAGAUGGACUCUGAAGGACAUGUGGUCUAGGAAAAUGGCAUGGCUGUGUCCUUUUUCCAUGGUACGAAACGUCUCUCAUCAGCAUUGUUUUACCUAGAAAUCCAGGAACUGACUGUAGCUCUGACACUUGACUCCUGUGGCCUAAGUUCUAAGCCUGACCACAGGGCAUGAUCUAUCAGGCACACCCCUGGCCAGCAGGGUCCCAAGUAGCUGGUACCUUUCACCUUCUGGUCCCUUAAGAGGUACGUGUUUUGGGUGGAAGGUGAUACUGAGUUCUGUGCAAGCAGCGGUCAAACUGAAGUCCACUUAUUAUGGAAGCAGCUCCCUCCUGAGAAACUCUUACUAGGAGGUCAGUAAGAAAAGCAGGAGCUUCUAGAUAAGAGACUGCUUGGCCAGCUUCAUGAGUAAGUGUCUGCCCCCAAGGUAAUCUGAGUAGAAGCUGGGCCCAUUCCUCCAAAAUAUCUCCUCCCCAGCUCAUUCCCAUCACCUGCCCCCUCUCCGGAUGCCUUGGUUCAAUCAUCAGCAAUCUAUUUCUUUGGAUUUUGAAAUGUCUUCAUCUGUGACCAUCCCCUUCCAAAAACACGUAUACUUCUGGGCAGAAAAUACAUAGUCGGCCUAGAAGCAGCAGUGCAGUGGGUGGUGGCAGGCAGGAUACUAGGGGCAAAUUUUGUCUCCUUCAGGUUUUUUCCCCUAGAGCCAGCCCUUCAGGAGCACUAGCAAAGUGUGAGUCGGGAAUACUUCACAGUAAAUAAGACUCAGACUUUACACAAGGUACACAUUUUCUACUUUUCAGAAACCAACAAGUCUCUCUAGAAUUUUUUCUUCGUUCACUAACAUUGGACAGUAGCCAAGGUAUAAAGCAAGUCAUUUGGAACCUGUCAAGUGUGCACUAAAGCUACUUUAUCAUGAGAUGUAUUGAGAAGGCUCCACCCCGCAGGAGUCCAGUGAAGGCUGGGACCACAGAGGCAUAGAGUCCAGCAUUUGGCCACUUGUGAGCCUCCUUUCUGUCUCAGAGAACUGGGGCAGGAAAGCAAUGCAGGGAAAUGUGCUUAGAAGAGGAAAUAUCCUUUGUCCUGUUUAGAGAGACCAGGGCCCUAUUGUUAGGCUUACUUUAAAAAUCAACCUAGAGAACAGCUAUCACAGUCAACUUAAGAACAAGAGCUGUUGCCUGGUACAUUGUGAGUCACUUCUUUGAAACCGCCUAUAAAGAACAAUCCUUAGUUUACACACUGUGCAAUCCCACUAUCUGAAAAUAAGGUCCGCUGAGUAUUCUCUGCUAUUGUCAGAACAUCAGGACAAUUGGUCAUCUUUAAAAAGAAUGCCUCCUCUUAAUGCAAGUGCAUGUAAGCACUUCUACCUGUGUGUUCAAAAGCAAUUAUUGUCAGCAGUGAUCUCUGCAACAUCAGAAGCUGACUGAUUUACUUACCAGGACUUGAUGUAAUUUUGCCCCAACAAACAGCCUCUGGGCCCUAGAAGUCAAGGCAUUUCAUCAGUUUAUUUGGCACACAUGACAACAUUUCUUUGGCCCUGAGCCCAACACAGUUUGUACUUCAUGAAAUAUAUUGUACAUUUUACAUAGUUUAAUUUAAAAAAUACAUUUUAAGCUGGUUGAUCUUUGACUGCCUUAUUUAUUAUAACCUUUCAGCACAUUCCAAGGUUUUAGUUACUCAGGAAGGAGUUAAUUAAAAUGAUUUUAUUUUGGUCUGAUGGAUGUUUUUUAAAAGGAAAAUUAUUAUUAUGAACCUUCAGCCUACUUUCCUUGAGUGCCGUAAAAGUGCUUGUAAAUCGUUUUGUUUUUGUUUUUUUCAAGAAGAAAGAAAAAAUGGUAUUUGACAUUGAUGGAAAUUCAAAAGUAUAUAUGGAACUGAAACAUUAGCUUAACUAAAAUAAAAGCAAUCUGUGUUUGAGAUGAAGUGUUCCUUAACUUAUUCAUUACCCGUGUAAAUAAAUGAAUAUAAAUAAGUUGA